CCGGCCUGAGGGGCUAUGCUGCGAGGCAGUGGUACAGCCUGGAGCACCCGGCAGCUGCGGCGGCUGGACCCCUCCCCACACCGAGGUUCUCUCUGGGCCUGAAGCCAGAAAGCCCCCACAGGGAGGAUCUGAGGCGCCUCCUCCUCCCAUUUGAACUCGAGGGAAGGAAGGACGGCUAGAAGGCCUAGAAGGACGCCUCUGGAGGAAGCCGUCGCAUCAGCUCAUCAGGACUCUACAGAAGAAGGGGCUCAAAGCACCUGGCUCACCACCCACUCCCCCUUCUUGCCGAAGGAAAGAAGGAAACCCCCCUUCCCAAGGAUGACACUAAAUACUCAGCAAGAGGCAAAGACCCCCCUGCGUCGCCGAGCCAGUACUCCAUUGCCCCUGUCCACCCGGGGCCACCAGCCUGGCCUCCUGGGCACAGCACCUUCUACACAGUCCCAGCAUCCCCGACUGGGCCAAUCAGCCUCCCUCAACACCCCCAGCCGGCAACCUUCAUCUGCCCCCAAUGGUUGGUCCUCUGAAUCCAGCGACUCUGAAGGCUCCUGGGAGGCCCUCUACCGUGUGGUACUGCUUGGAGAUCCUGGUGUAGGGAAGACCAGCCUGGCCAACCUCUUUGCAGGAAAGCAAGAGCGGGAACUCCAUGAACAGCUGGGAGUUGCAGAAGAUGUAUACGAGAGGACCCUCACGGUGGAUGGAGAGGAUACCACACUGCUGGUCAUAGACACCUGGGAGGCUGAGAAACUGGAUGAAAGCUGGAGCCAGGAGUCGUGCCUGCAGGUGGGCAGCGCCUACGUUAUCGUGUACUCCAUCGCAGACAGGGGCAGCUUCGAGAGUGCCUCUGAGCUCCGCAUUCAGCUGCGGCGCACAUAUCAGGCGGACCACGUGCCCAUCAUCCUGGUGGGCAACAAGGCGGACCUGGCACGCUGCCGGGAAGUCUCCGUGGAAGAGGGCCGCGCCUGCGCUGUGGUGUUCGACUGCAAAUUCAUCGAGACGUCAGCUGCGCUGCAGCACAACGUGGCGGAGCUCUUCGAAGGCGUAGUGCGCCAACUGCGCUUGCGCCGCAGGAACUGCGCAGCCCGGGAGACGCCGGCCCCCAGACGACGGGCAAGCUUAGGCCAGCGCGCUCGACGCUUCCUGGCACGCUUAACUGCCCGCACCGCCCGCCGCCGGGCACUCAAGGCCCGCUCCAAGUCCUGCCACAACCUGGCCGUGCUCUGAGGCCACCCGCCCACUCUCUGGGUGGGGGGCACUGGGGUGCAUUCUAGCCUCCACCAGGGCCACGGAGGGGCAGAGUUUCUGUGGCUUGCAGUCUGCAUCGUGGGCCUUGGCCGCCCGUUGCCCCAACGUACAGAGCAUCUCCCCAGCCGCAACUUCACGGACCUCUCUGCCCUGGGCAAGUGAUGGACAGACCAUGGGGCCAAAGCCUAAAUUGGGGUUUUCAUGCGGUGCGUGUCUUUUUGUAAAAAGUCUUCCUUGUUCUUGGGCUCUGGCCAACCCUCAGAAAUUCCCCCACAAUAAACCAGACCAGAAGGAUGUCCUGUCUGAGUGCCCAGAUCUCUUCUUUUGGGCUCUUCCAGACGUCUCCACCUCCCGUUUUCCCAUCUACACGGGCUGCAGACUGGGUUGGCCUGCUGACCUGGGUGUCAGGGUUAGUCAAUAAAAUCA